GUUAGGUGUGAAUGGACUCAGCCUCGGAUGGAUCCCAUGGUCCUCGGCCACGCACGGCCAGCAUCCAGGUACGGGAGCUGAGCUGGCAGGGCCUGCACAACCCCUGCCCCCAGAGCAAGGGUCUAGGCAGCCAUGCGGGCAGCUGUGGAGAGCAAUUGGUGGAGGAGUACAUGUCCCCUGCCCGACUGCAGGCCCUGGCCCAGGUGGACGACCUUCGAUUGGUGAGGGUGUUGGAGAUGUGCGUCGACACCCAUGAGAACAGCCUGGGGAACUUCGGGGUGCAUCUGCCCAACCUGAGCCAGCUGAGGUUGAACGGCAGCCGCCUGGGUUCCCUCAGAGACCUGGGCACCUCUGUGGGCCGCCUACAGGUUCUGUGGCUGGCUCGCUGUGGCCUGACUGACCUGGAUGGCAUCGCCUCCUUCCCAAAGCUGAAGGAACUCUACGUCUCCUAUAACAACAUCUCGGACCUGAGCCCGCUGUGCCUGCUCGAGCAGCUGGAGGUGCUGGACCUAGAGGGCAACAGCUUGGAGGACCUGGGGCAGGUGCGCUACCUGCAGCUGUGCCCGCGGCUAAACACGCUCACCCUGGAGGGCAACCUGGUGUGCCUGCAGCCUGCCCCUGGCUCCUCCAACAAGGUGCUCCAGGGCUACAACUACAGGGCGGAGGUGAGGAAGCUCAUCCCACAGCUGCAGGUCCUGGAUGAGGUGCCAGCCACGCACACAGACCUGCCGGCCCCCCAGAAGCUGAACCAGGACUGGCUCAUGGUGAAGGAGGCCAUCAAGAAGGGCAGCAUCCUGGAUGGUCUCCUCCCCACGCUGGAUCGUCCCCUUGGAGCCCCCAUGUGGAGUUUGGAUCCCAAGUUGUCCCUGUCUGAGACCCUGCCCCGGCUUCUCAGACUCUGGCCCCUUUCCCUUCUGGUCCCUGGGGGCCCGCUGCCUGAAGGCCUGCUUCCUGAGGACAUGGCCCCAGAAGACCACAGCAGCAACCUCACCCAUGGUGCAGGCCAAGUCCUCUGCGGGAACCCCACCAAAGGCCUUCGGGAGCAUAGGCACCAGUGCCAGGCCUGGGUGCCCCCAGAGCAGCUGUCUCCACACAGGCCAGAAGACCCAGUCACCAGCACCUCUACCCCAGGGCCCGACCCUGCAGACAUAUGUGACUUCCUGGCCGUGGCCAGGCUUCAGGCCUGGAGGGAGCUGGGCCUGCGCCACCUGGAGUCCCAGCAGGAAAGGGCUGCAGCCCCCUGGGCCCCACGGAGAGCCCCUGAAGAGCAAGAGGACCAAACUAGGCCCAAGACUUACCCCAGCCCCCCAAGCUUGGCCUCAGAGCCUUCCAGGACCUUGGGCUGUCACCUGAUCCCUUCUCCCCCCAAGCACCCAAUGCCACCCAAUUUGGGCACCAGCUCCCCCUGGAGGUCUGCCAACCUGCAGUCCAGGGGCCGCCGGCUCAGAGCCCUGGGCAGCCUGGGGCCUGGCCUGGGUGAGGGGUUGGCUGCAGUGACUGCCCUGAGAGGCCUGGAGGUAGCCUCAGGCCCGAGUCCUGGAGCCCAGGGAUGUCCAGGUCCACCGCCUGCUCUGGAUCCAGCAGCUAGACCCCCAGGCCUGCAGUGCCUGCACCACCUGAACCCUAUCACCCCAGCCCAUUCCCACCCUUAGCGUAGCCCUCUGCCACUGUGGAGCUAGCCUGCCUGCGGGCUGAGGGGAGCCUGAUGUGGACGCUAGCCUCACAAACCCCAGGGCAUCUGGGUGGGGGUGUGGGAAGUGGGCCUGGCCCGGGAGAGGCCUCUCCUGGGAGGCCUCAGCUGCCUACCCCUUCCAUGGGGCCUGGCCUUCCCAGGAGGACCUGUCAGAGGGGCAGGCCUGGAGGAGACCUCCCUGGCUAGGGUAGGGCCUGGGCAGAGGUGGCUGGCUCUGGGGCUGGAAUCUACCCACCCCUUGUGAGCCCUCCAGUUGCCCCUGGGCUCUGAGCCACCGCCUAGGCUGCAGGGGCCAAGGGUCGAGGGGCUGGCGCUAGGUCGCCCAGGGCACAGCCUGGCCUCCCAUCCCUGGUGGAUUUGUGAGUUUCCUGGCGCGGGGAUGGGGCUGCCAGUUGCUCCUCUUGGGGCAGGAUGCUCCAGAAACCAAGCGAAUCACUUUUCACUCUCGGGUGUAUAGAUAAGCGGUUUACUUUGCAGGCAACGUUGGUUCAAUAAAUGGUGCAGGGCA